CCUUUCCCCUCCCACCCGCCUGCCUGCCUACCGGGCUGGAGGCGGAGGCAGAGGCAGCAAGCCCCAUUAUAAAAAGCCAUUAAAAAAGCGACAGAGCUCAGGCAGCAAGGGGACUGCACUUAGCUCAGACGCCGCCCAGGCAUCUCUCCUGGCCCUGCCCAGACCCCCGCCUGGACCUCUGCCCGCCCGCCCUCGGCCAUGGCUCCUCCACCCCUCUCGUGGCUGCUCCGUGUGGCUACCCUCUGCCAUCUGACCAUGCUGCUGGCCGGUGAGUGGGCUGGACUCCUGCAUGAGCUGGUGGGGGAGCCUCCAGCCCCCCUUCUGCCCUUCAGGCCUGGUACCAGGGCCCCCAGACCCCACCUGGGACAGCACCUCGGUGUGAAGAAGUGCAACGUCACGUGCAACAAGAUGACCUCGGAGAUCCCCGUGGCCUUACUAGCCCACUACCAGCGAAAUCAAGAGUCCUGCGGGAAGCCUGCCAUCAUCUUGAGAACAAAAAAGAACAGAACCUUCUGUGCUGAUCCCAAGGAGCUAUGGGUUCAGAAAGCCAUAGAACACCUGGAACACCAGACUGCUGUUCAGACUCAAAAUGGCGGCACGUUCGAGAUGCUAAUCGGUGAGGGUCAUCCCAGGACCACCCCGGCCACCAGGGGAACAGACAGGCCUGCGGUCACAGGGACCAAAUCCACCCAGGAAAACAGUGGCCCGGAGGCACAGAGGACCUCGGGGACUUCCCCGGAGCUGCCAACGGGAGUGGCUGAUUCCUGGGGGACCGGGUUCCCCUCCACUCCCAAGGCUCCAGAUGGAGGAGCGCCAGCUGGAUCCCAGAAAACUGAGUUUUUCAACGCUGCUGCCCUCACCACCGCAACGUCCUGGCAGAGUUCUGCUGCCUAUGAACCCUGGUCAGGCCUCUGGACUGCGGGAAAGGCCUCGGAGGCCCUCCCCACCCAGGCCUCCCCCACCCAGGCCCCCCCCACCCAGGCCCCCACCAUUUCACACACAGCCUCAGAAAAGAGUGUUGGCCCUGAAGGCCAGCCUACGUGGGUCACGGGAGACGAUCUCACGCCAGAGAACUCUCUAGGGCCUGAGGAGAUGGGUCCCGUUUCAGCUCACACUGAUGCUUUCGGGGGGCCUGACGGCACGCCCCGUCUCUCCACGGUCCCUGUCUCCUCUCAGAGGGUCCCCAGCAGGGAGCCAGCGGCCUCAGGCAGCUGGAGCUCCAAGGCGGAGGAGCCCAUCCAUGCCACCGUGGACCCCCAGAGGCUGGGUGUCCUCAUCACCCCUGUCCCCGACUCGCACGCAGCUACCCGGAGGCAGGCGGUAGGGCUGUUGGCCUUCCUUGGCCUCCUCUUCUGCCUGGGGGUGGCCAUGUUUGCCUACCAGAGCCUCCAGGGCUGCCCCCGCAAGCUGGCGGGGGACAUGGUGGAGGGGCUUCGCUAUGUCCCUCGGAGCUGCGGCAGCAACUCCUAUGUCCUGGUGCCGGUGUGACUGCCCCCUGCCUCUGGUUGUUCUACUCAGACAGCUGCCUGGGGUCCCCCGUCCUCACACCCACCCUCACCCAAGGGCCUGACCUGAGCUGGGGUGAUUAGAGCGAGGAGGCGGGACCUUCCACACGCCACGGCUCCGGCUCCCCGGGCAUGCCCCGGGAGGCCACUCUUGACCACCGUUGACCCCCUGGGGACAGAAGUGGUAGCCUCUGCAACUCACCCCAAUGUCCCCAAGUCAGGAAACUUCCACUGCUGGCUGGUGAGAGGUUCCCUUUGACGCAGCCCCAGACCCGAUGAACAAUUAUUUAUUGGAAAACGCCCAGCCCCUCUGGUUCACGUCCCCAGGUGGUAUCACGGUCACCCCAUCUCACGAAUGAGCCUCAGGCCAGGCCCCUCCUGCCCGCUCCCUCAGACCUCAUCGUGUCUCUUGGUCCCGCUGCAGUCGCCAGUCACCCCGGCCACCUGCGGUGCUACCCCCCCGUCCCCCGUACAGAGGCCACACCCAGCCGGGGACCUGUCUUCACUUGCAUGAGCCUAGUGUUGUGUUCCCUGGGGCUGUCCCCGGGAAGGCGCUGCCCGCCGUUAGGCAUUGUGGGAAGGGGACAUGAAGUGAUCCGGUGGCUUGGACUGUUUUUCUUUUCCUCAGUCGAUGCCAUGCGGUGGAGGAACCUCGACUGUGGGUGUGAAGGUCGGGGUUCUCAUCCCAGGUCCACCACCAACCCAACAAGGCAUUCGUACCUCUGGUUUUCCGUCUGUGGAAGGAAAGAGACUUGGCAAAUGUGUGACAAUAACCUGUACCCUGACGGGCAUCACUCAUUGAUCCAGGGACCCCUUUGCCCAAACCCAGGGUGUAGCCUCACAACAGAGCACCUUAGCCCGUCCUCACCCAUCGGGGAGCCUGGCACUUUGGUGGGCCCUGUGUGUCUGGGGGGGGGGGAGUGGUGUGCAAGGAAGGGAUCUGAAAGCACAGGUCCUGCCCCGUGGGAGGGAGUCAGCUCUGUGGGCCCCCUGAGUGGGGACUGGGGUGGGUGCUUGAGGGGCGGGCCUGUGUCUGGAUUGGAGACCAGCCCUCCCAGUGUCCACAGGCUCGCAGGGAUGUGGAGACAGCCCAAGUGACGUGGGACAGGCUGAGGAGGAGGGGAGUUCCCACAGGCUCCUGGGAAGGCUGAGGUGCUCAGGGAAAGGAACCUGGGGGUGGGGAGCCUGCUGGAAGCAGCCCCAUGCCCGCGUCAGGGACUUGGGCUCGGUGUUUGCCGUUUCUUUCCUGCGGCCUGGCUUCCCCUCCCCUGUCUCUCACUCCCUGAAAACACUGCUGUCCCCAUUCCAGGAUCUUCCCUCACCUUCCUGCCAGGCAGGGCCAGGGAUUUCCAGGACAUUUUCCAUGAGAUCAGAAUCCACCAUUGAAACCUGAGGUUUCAUGUUUACCUCUGAAAGAGACUCCGUCCUGUGGGGAGGGAAGUUGUGGGCACCAAGUCAGGGGUUCCCUUUUUGGCUGCUGGCCUCACCCCUCAGGGUCCCUGGUGGCAGCUCCCCACCUUCCUCUGAUGGUCCCCGUGGGUGACCCUUGCCCUCCUGGGGAGCCCCCCAGGGGCCAGUGUGGGUGACACUCUACUUGGCAGGUCGAUGUUCAGAGGAAGCAGACACAGCUCUGGUCCACAGAGAGGCGGCAGCCACGCGAGUCCACCCGGCCCUCCUGCACCCCUGCUGGGCAUGACCUGGGAUGUCGGGGCCUCGCUCUGGUGGGGGGCACUCUGACGGCUCAUAGCGGGGGCAGCCGGUCUGAAUGCACUUUUUUCGGCUCCUCCAGGCUGGCGGGAGAGCCUUCAAGGAGUGGGGGCCCCCAUGAUGGGGCUCCCCUACUUUUGUGAGAAGGCACCUGGGAGCAGCUAGUCCGCCUUCCACGGAUUUGAUAAGUUUCCCCCAGCAGGACAUGGACAAGGACAAUUGGGGGGGAACUCUGGAAGGAGUGGGUUGAUCCUUUCGCUUUUCCAACCCUAUCACCAAUGUCUGUGCCAUUUUGUAUUUUACUAAUAAAAUGGAAAAGUCUUGUGAA